UCAUCGGGUGUUACAUCGCCCCAUCAAUUAUCUGUGACCUGGGCACCGCCAUGCGAUUUAAAUAGAGGAGAUCAUUGGCAAAUGCAGAGUAGUGCGGACGCCAGAAGGGAAUACUACAGAGGCCAAAGAGGCAGAAGAACCGCAUCACAAGAGGAAAACCGAUCGUACGAGUCAAACGAUUACCAUCUACAGAAUCAAAGCUGCGACGGCGAAAGCCACUUCUACCACCACCAGAACGAAGGCAAUUUUGCACACCAGUCACCGCAGUCACAAUCGCAAUCGCAGUUUCAACUAAGAGAAGAUGGCAUCAACGGUGACAUUGACGAUGAGGAGGACUACUCAAUUUCCGUAUCGGCAAUAAUGCAAAGACGUGCCAGUGUACGAGGCUAUCGAGGUAAACGUGGCAGUCGGAAUUCACGGCGAGCAUCAAGUCCCAUGGAUCACGUGCUGGAUAGUGUGGAGCGGCGACGCUCUAGUGUCUAUACGACUAGUUCAGAGGAGGGCACCAAUCAGGAGUCCACACAAGAGCAAAUCUUUGAGAAUAUACGCCUUCACAAGGAGGUUAUACAAUCGGUGAAAUUACAACCAUGGCCCAUACGCAAGAAACUCAAGUUGGUGCGGCAGGCCAAAACAUAUGUGGCACGCCACGAGGGCGCGCUCCAGGAGCGCUUUGCCAUGUCACGCAGCACCAGGGAUUUGUGGGCGAGGUUUAAAAUUUUAAUGGCAGCGCGCUGGCGUCAUUGGAAACGUGAAACGGCCAGUUUCCUUACCGUCCUCAUACCCUGGGAGCUGCGUAUUAAGGAAAUCGAAUCGCAUUUUGGCUCUGGGGUUGCAUCCUAUUUUACAUUUCUGCGCUGGCUCAUGUGGGUCAACAUUAUGAUAGCCAUACCAUUGGUGGCCUUUGUCAUUGGACCGGAGUAUUUCGCCACCAAGCAUGAUGAAACGGAUCCACGGAAACGCAUGUCCGAUAUGGAGUCCAGAGUAGCUGGAAAUCUUUUUACAUUUUGGGAGUUCGAAGGAUAUUUAAAGUAUUCGCCAAUGUUCUACGGUUACUAUUCAAGCACAUCCGGAAUUAGUACAUCCGGCUAUAAGUUGCCUUUAGCCUAUUUUCUAACCGCUGUGCUGGUAUAUGUCUAUAGCUUUGUGGCCACAUUGAGAAAAAUGGCAGAAAAUUCGCGCAACUCGAAACUUUCCUCAAAGGAUGAUGAGUGCGUUUUCUCAUGGAAAUUGUUCACCGGCUGGGAUUUUAUGAUUGGACAUGCGGAGACAGCCCAUAAUCGUAUUGCAUCUGUUGUGGUGGGCUUUAAGGAGGCUCUGCUGGAGGAGGCGGAAAAGAAGAAGGACAAUCGCAAUUGGCGUGUGAUUUUACAAAGAAUCUUGGUCAAUAUAUUGGUUCUGGUUUUGCUGGGUCUAUCGGGAGCAACAGUUGUCCUUUUAGUGAAUCAUUCCGAGGAAUUGGCUAAGCAUGACAACUGGAUAAGUCGCAAUGCUGUUAAUGUCACCAUGACUCUGUUAUCCUUUUUUCUACCCAUGAUUUUUGAGGCAUUGGGUCUUUUUGAGAAUUGGCAUCCCAGACAACAAUUACGCUUGCAAUUGGCGCGAAUCAUGAUCUUGAACAUGCUGAAUUUGUAUUCCUUGAUGUUCUCGUUCAUCUACAAAAUUAAUAGCAAAGAGAGACCUUUGCAAAUGCUUAAACUGCAGAAUGAAACCAAUACAAUGGAGUUGCAAAGCAUAUUGAGGUCCAUUGCCGCAUUGAAACAGAUGACCACAACAACGCCUUUAUUUAGUGAUAGUACAACAGAUGGACUCUUUGAUGAAUCAUCGUCAGCAUCGUCGACCGCCUCUCUGUGGGGUGGCGGUGGCGGUGGUGGUGACGAUGGCAUUUUCUCUACCACAACGGCGGCUGCAUUACUCUCAACCACAAUGCAGCGCAUUAAAUGCUAUAACAUGACUGUGAAAUGCUCAAAACCACGAAGGAUAAUGAUCAGUGCUAAGAAUAUAACCACUGCUUUGUUGUUACUCAAUUUGACGACAACUGCAAUGGUGCCAACACCAACGACAACAACAACAACAACGAUGACUACCACACCAGCAACAACUCCCACAACAACCACAACACAAACGACGACGACGACGACCACAACAACAACAACAACACAAAAACCAACUACAACUGAAGAAACAACCACACAAACUACUACAGCAACCACCUUGCCAAUAACCAGUCCCAGUCCAACGACAACAAGUUGGCUAACAACAACAACAACAGCAACCACUGAAGAGCCGACAACCACAACAAUAAUUUCUUCAGCAUCAGAACCAAACACUACGACUUCCGAGAAGGUAACACCCACAAUAGCAACGCCUAAUAGUACCACCAGCACAUCAACAACAACAACAGCCAAACCAGAUGAUAAUUUCUUAACCACAAAUGAAGAUGAUGAUAUCUAUGAUUAUGGAAGUGAUGAGCCAACUGGUUCGACUCCACCGUCAACAACAACCACAGCGUCACCGGGUAACGAUAGUUUCUUCAAUUAUGUAGAUUACUUUGAAGGUAUUGCUCUACCAGAGGCUGGAGAAGAUGAAGCUGAUUAUGAUGAGCAAACAACGACAGAGGAAACACAGGAUUCGUUGGCUAAAGUGCUAGACGAGCUACAAGUGCCCAAGCGUCGCAGGAAGAGAGCUGAUGCAGUAGAUUCACCUAUUUAUCGUACAAGUAAAUAUAGUCGCAGACAUCGGAAUGAUACCGCUCCGCCCAUAUAUAGGCCACCACCACCAGUUAGACCCACUUGGAGCACAACCCACAAACCACCGUCUAAGCCGCGUAUCCUAACUAAAGAGGAAUGGGAACGUCUACAUAAUCGACCCUUGAGCAAAAAACCAUCAACAAUACCAACCACAAGGAGUACUAGCACCACCACAACGACCACCACCAGCACCACCACGACGAGGAAACCCAGACGUUUUAUAUUUAGAACUACCACCGAGGCGGAUACUUCAACCACAAUUGAUAGUACUACAGAUUGGAGUACCUCAACCUCAACCAAAGAGGACACAACCACUACUGGCAAUGGUGAGGCGGUAUAUGAGGACCGAGAUGAGGACCAGGAUAACGAGGAUCAUGGUGAAGAAGAAGAUGAGGGUACUGAUGAUGGUACUACACCGUAUUUCAUUGACUACCGAGAUAUAUCCGAAAUCGGUGGUCUCAGCUAUGACACGGAUACCGAGAAUAUGGGAACAUGCAUCAUAACCGUAUGCCCCAAGGGAGCCGAAGAUGAUUUUCUUUUUAGUGGUGGUAGCACAACCGAAAGUGGUUUCGGUGGAUCCACACAGAGCAGCGAUAGCAAACAGUUAACCACCAUUAAGUUGACGCCUUUGGAACGGCAACAGAAACGUCUGAAGGAAGUGAAAUUGGCAAUAACCCAAAUACAAACAAAUCUAACAACCAUGUGCUGGGAGACUUCCCUAGGCCAAGAGCUGUCAAAGGUUAUCGUUUUCGAUGGGCUAAUGUCUAUUGUGGCACCGCUGUGCAUUGACUUUUUGCGUGCACUGUUUGUGCGUUAUGUCAAUCAAAACUGGUGCUGGGACAUGGAGAAAACAUUCCCGCAGUAUGGCGACUUCAAGAUAGCUGAGAAUAUUCUGACUUUGAUUAAUAACCAGGGUCAGGUGUGGAUGGGGAUAUUCUUUUCACCUGGUCUUGUGCUAAUCAACCUAGUUAAAUUGAUGAUUAUGAUGUACUUCAGAUCCUGGAUCGUUUUAACCUGCAAUGUCCCGCACGAGGUGGUCUUCAAGGCCUCCAAGUCGAACAACUUUUACUUGUCGCUGCUGCUGACCAUGUUGUUCCUUUGUGUUUUGCCAGUGGGUUAUGCCAUUGUUUGGCUGCGUCCUUCUUGGCAUUGUGGACCCUUCUCUGAGUACAAUCGGAUUGCCGAGUUCAUCACAAAUACCACACGAAAUGCUUUGCCCAAGCAACUUCAUGAACCAUUGGACUAUUUGACUUCAUCUAGCACAGUCAUUCCCCUUCUGGUUUUACUCAUACUCAUCAUUUAUUAUUUGGUCUCGCUGACUGGAGCAUUGCGUGAGGCCAAUCAGGAUCUACGGACGCAAUUGCAAAAGGAACGCGAGGAGGAACGUAAAAAGAUUUUCAAAGUACCGGAGGUCAAACAGGCAGAACCAACGGCCACAACACUGACAAAUCGUUGGCGUAAGGUCUUAGAGGCAUCAUCGCCUGUAACACCCACACAGCCUCCCGAUUUCGACACGGAGGAGUACAAGAAUCAGGCCAGAAAAGAGCUCAUCUCGCGUAUCAUGAAGAAGGCAUUACGCAAGGGCUCGGCCACCUCCGAUGAGGACUCUUUUGUGCGUCGCGAUGACGACGACACGGACACUGAACACCAGGACUCACUGCCCCAUGACGAGGAGGCGAAGGAUAAACGCUUUGGUCUGUCACGAUUGCAGCAAAUUCGUCGCACACGCAAGCCAUCCCUAGUUGACAUUGUCCAGAUUGCCAAGCAGGAAAGGGCCCGAGCGGGUUCGAUUGUCCAAGCCAGUGGGAGUGCCAGUGCAGAUGCAGCAGCAGCAGCAGCAGCAGCAACAGCAACAACCUCAACAUCAGGUGGUGGCAAUUUUCCCAUAAAAGAACCGCAUCCCAAAAGCCGUUUCAAAGUCGAGAAACAUGAACGCCGCAACGAGAGAGGCGGCAGUGUAAAGGAGACCAAAAAGGAUGCCGGUGCUGGUGGAAGCAAAUGGCAUGGGAGACAACCACCACCUUAUGAAUCGCCCAAGGAAGGAGCCAAGGAACCCAAUGAACAUGAUCCGGAUACAAAUUCCAGAAUUGUCAACGAGCGACGAGCCAGUUUGCUGAGGCGUAAAAGGGAACAGGAGAAAGAGCUGCAGAAUGAUAAUGAAAACCCCAAUGAAGAGCAAACAUCUCCCACCCAACCAACACCAGAAACGCCAACAGGUUCUGGAAUUGCAGCUGUUGAGACAAAAGCUGAGACCUUGGACGAGUCUUUGCGUAGUAAAUUUCAAAUUGUUGAUGAAAAGAAGCCGCCAUCGCCAUCCCCACCAGAGACAGGAACCGUCGACCAGAGUGAGAAACCAGCAAAAGAAAGCAACAGCAGCAGCGGUGGCGGUGGCCUGAGUAAAUUUAAAUUUCGACGUAGUCGUAUCAAAUCCCAUCACCAUCCGACAAACGUCGUCAAACCGGAGCCAGAAGUCUUCAAAUUCGAUGAUAAAAGUUUGGAAAAAAGCAAAUCAACAGCAGAUCCUUCGCCAACAGUUGUCAUUCCCACAACGGAGGGUGAUGCUCUAGAGGCUCUUAGCCUGCCAUCGCCGACACCCAGCUUAAGUCAGCAUCAACGGCAGUUGGCCAAUUUCUCUCGCCAGGGACGCAAGAAGAUAGGCUCCUUGCUGGCCCUGGUGCGAGAGGCCGUCAAUUUGAAAAAGGAUGAUGUUGAACAACAGGGUUCCGACGAGUCACCGGGACCAACCACGCCCACAUAUUUAGCCUAUACACCACCACCGCCGCCAUCAGUAUUGUCGAGCAAUUCAAGUGCCACGGCUCUUGAGAUGCCACCGACACCGGAACCGGAAUCACCCACGCCCAGUGCCCCAUUGCAUUUUGGCAGUAGCUCUACAUCCUCAUCUUCCAGUCGACCAGUCGUUAGCAAGCCACCCCAGCACCCCCCAAAUGCUGCAUCAACACCCACUCUGGCCACCUUGGACGAUGAUUUAGAGGAAUUGGAUAUGCCAGGGCCCAUCACAUUUCCCAAGCGCAGCGCCUCCCAGCGACGACGUGCCAUGAGGCAGGAUUCACAGAGUUCCAUUUGGUCCGAUAAUAUACCCACUAUAACCAUUAGCACCACGGGAAGUGAUGAGUGCAUUGUGGAACCGCCUCCAGCACCAGAAAUACCCAUAGUUAAUGGCAGAGAUUCCCCACCCACACCCACACCCAAUGUGAAUAUUAUCAAAAUUACCAUUGAAGAUGAUCAGGAUGAUGGUAACGAUGAUUAGAGAAGAGAAAGAAGUAAUUGUUUUUUUUUUUUUUAAAUUAACGCCAGAUUGUCUUCUUCUUCUAUUACUUAAACUAAACUUAACCUAAAGCUGAACCCGAAGCAAACUAUACUAAUU